AUGCUUGACGCUGCCGUCCCGGAGCCGCCCCCGUCCUAUGCCGACGUCGAGGCUGAGUCCUCCGCCGGUGGUCCCAGUUCGGGUGGCGAAAGCUGGCCCGCCUCCCUCACCCCACUCUUUACCGGCCCACCUAAUGCCGAGCCCCUCAUUUCUCAUGAUCGCGCAGCGGCGCUUCCCGAGGUCGUCACGACCAAGAUGUACAACCGCUACGAGACGGCGGACGCGCGCCUGCAAAGUCCCAACCUUCUUUACGAUUUCAUCCGUGCCGAGGCUCUCAAAGCUCCCACCGUGAAAGUCCGCGCAGCCGCCUUCCACUGGGAGACAUCGCAGAGAACUCAGCAAGUGGUCGAGCGCGGCAUCCCGCGCCAAGUCCAAGCCGGCCAGCGCUACCGCGUCGCCGAUUUUGACUUCACCAUCGACCUCAGCAAGGUCGUGGCGCACGAGUCCAACUCAGCCAACAUUAGUCUGUUCACCCUUCCCACGACGAUCCCCGCGCGCCGCGGGACGAUGGGCCGCACGUUUGGGGCGUCGAUUGCUCCUUUCCCCGGCGCCAAAAGCGUUGGACGCUCACCAACCCGUGAAGAGAAAGGGCGAUGGGACGCGUACGCCAAGUUCCGGCACGAGCGCGGUCGCGCACCAUGGAGUGACAUUGCCAACGACGAGGAGUUCUGGACCGGCUACAAUCGCGACGGGCGCGGUAUCGCGCUGGGCGGACGCGAGGACGAGGAAGCCCUCAUCUCGAGCCAGCCGGCUGAGAACGACACCGCCCUCCGCGCUUGGUGCGAGGCGUACACGGCCGACUCAGGACCCAUGAAGUGCUUCAAACUCACCAAGACGGUGUACGGAUGGGACAUCGCCGCUCUCCGCAAGGCCAUCAUGGGCGCCAUCCACUCGACAGGCUACAUCGCCGAGGACGAGCAGAGCAUUACUGUCGAUAUCACAGUAUCUGAGGGCGACGUGGUGGUGCGCCCGCCCAACUUCUUCUCCAAGUACUACUACGGCAGUGGGGCGGCACACGUCUUCCUCAUGAUGCUGUUCUGGUGGGCUGUGCCCUUCCUUUGGCUCUGGCAGCGCCUCGACCCGCGUGCGGGUGGGCCCUACGACGUCGCCGUCGCUGCCUACGGCAUGAAGGUUUACCCGCCGCUGCCGAACACGUUUAAGAACGAGUCGACUGAGCAGGCGCAGCACCGCCUCGCUGCACUUUUCAAGACGCACCCCGAGAUCCCGGCCAACCCCCGCCUUCAGCGCGGACCGGAGGGCGUGCACUACCUCCUCGGCGAGCGGGAGGGGCAGUGGUUCCGCGAGUGGGAGGAGCGCAUCCGCAUGGCUGUGCGCAUGCGCCAUUGCGGCGAGCUGGAGAACCCGCGCGUCAUCGAUGACGGGAUGGAGGGGCCUGAGCUCGACGGAUACGUUGAGUGA